AUGGUGACCAUAGGAAACACGCACGACGACCUCAUCCACGACGCCGUCCUGGACUACUACGGCAAGCGAUUGGCCACUUGUUCGUCUGACAAGACCAUCAAGAUCUUCGAGAUUGAUGGAGACAACCACAAACUCGUCGAGACGCUGCGAGGACACGAGGGCCCCGUUUGGCAGGUCAGCUGGGCCCAUCCCAAGUUCGGCUCUAUUAUUGCCUCUGCCUCCUACGAUGGCAAGGUGUUCAUCUGGCGAGAGGAGAACGGUCGAUGGACUAACAUUGCUCAGCAUCAGCACAAUGCCUCCGUCAACUCGGUGGUGUGGGCUCCCCAGGAGUACGGGCCCCUACUCCUAUGCGCUUCUUCCGACGGCAACGUGUCCGUAGUCGAGUUCAAGGAGGGAGGUAACUGCGAGGCCACCACUUUCGCCGCCCAUGAUGUGGGCGCCAACUCCGCCUCCUGGGCUCCCCCUGCCGUGUCCGGCUCGCUCAUUCAGCCCAUCAACGGCAAAGCAUCAAACAACAUUCGAAUUGUCACUGGAGGAUGCGACAACCUCGUCAAGAUCUGGAAGUACGACCCCUCUUCCAAGACUUACGUGAUUGAGGAGACACUUUCUGGCCACAAGGACUGGGUUCGAGACGUUGCCUGGUCUUCCUCUGUUCUGUCCAAGUCUUACAUUGCUUCCGCUUCGCAGGAUAAGACCGUCAUUGUGUGGACCCAGGAGGGCAACCAGCCAUGGAAGAAGAAGCUGCUUCAGGACAUCCCCUUCCCCGAUGUGGUGUGGAAGGUUAGCUGGUCUCUGUCCGGCAACGUGCUGGCAGUUUCUGGAGGCGACAACAAGGUCACUCUGUGGAAGGAGAAUCUCACUGGCGAGUGGGAGUCCGCUGGUGUUGUCGAGGAGUAA